AUGGCUUCAAGCACAGAGUUUUGUUACCACUGUCCUCACUCCUAUCACAGCUACAGUUACUUUCCUAACACUCUUUCGCUACCGGCUCUCAGUGAAAAGGUUGGUACAUUAAAGAAUGACAUGCUGAAGCUUUUUGACAGUAUUGAGAAAUAUGCCCUAACGGUGAAGCUUGUGCAAGCAUUCAAAUCUGGUGCAAAGGAUGCUUCCAUAAUUGAGAGUCAGGAACUUAAGGUUAACCCUGGAAGUGCAGUACAUGUCUUGGAUGCUUUGCCUAAGAAUGUUGAUGUUGGAAAUUAUAUUUUCGUAUUUGAGAUUGUGCUUCAUGAUCCUGAGCAUGAGACAGUAUAUGCUACUGGGGGCAAAACUGAAGUACCAGUAUUUGUUACGGGAUUUAUCAUAAUUGAGAAUGCAGAGAUUGCAGUACUUGACAGUGAUCUUGGAAGUAUAGAAACACAAAAGAAAUUAGAUUUAGCUGCAGAUGAUGUUGUAUCAUUAUCCGCUAACCACCUUCAGAAGCUCCGCCUAUCCUUUCAGUUGACAACUCCUCUCAAGCGUGCUUUUAAGCCACAUCAGGCAUUUCUGAGUUUGAAACAUGAGUCCAAGGUCGAGCAUGUAUUUGUGGUUGGGAAUUCUGGAAAGAAGUUUGAAAUUGUUCUAGUUAAGUUUCUCGACUGGUUUGGUUUUGAUUUCCUUGGACUGGUCGAGAAAUUCUUCUAUCUUUCUGGUAGAUAUGACAUUCAGCUAACUGUCGGUGAUGCUGUCAUGGAGAACUCUUUACUACGGGCUAUCGGCCAUGUUGAGUUAGACCUACCAGAACCUCCUGAGAAGGCGCUCCAUCCUCCACCACAGCCUGUCGAUCCUUAUUUGAGAUAUGGGCCUAAAGCAGAGAUAACUCACAUUUUUAAGGCUCCUGAAAAGCGUCCACCUAAGGAGUUGUCUCUUACUUUCUUGGGACUUACCUUCUUGCCAUUUAUUGGAUUCUUGAUUGGGCUAUUGCGGCUAGGGGUGAACCUGAAGAAUUUUCCUUCUUUGGCUCUCCCUGCGACAUUUGCAGUCCUCUUCCAUUUGGGCAUUGGAGCAGUUCUGGUGCUAUAUGUGUUUUUCUGGUUGAAGUUGGAUCUAUUUACAACAUUGAAGGCACUUGGGUUCUUGGGAGUGUUCCUUAUGUUUGUGGGACACAGGAUCCUUUCAUACCUGUCGUCAACAUCAGCCAAGUUGAAAUCUGCCUGA